AGUUCAAGAGAUUAACAAAUCCUAAAAAGAUUCAGGGGAUCCCAGAGAAAACCCUAGCCUUGAAAGAAGUUCAAACCCGGAAACCUCAGCCUUCAUGGCCAUGAAACCAUAGAAACCUUUGAGCAAGCUCAAACCCUAGGUGUGAGUCAACCGACUCACCGAACACUUUUCCAUAAUAAUUUCAACAAAAACCUAGGGUUUAUAUCAACCUUUGCUCUGAUAUGUGUCCCCAAUUCCAAGUUUUUGGGAUUCGCGGGCCAGUAUGCCCGGCCUUAUAAGAAAAUUUUUCUUUUCUAAUUUACUUCUUUUAACAAGCCUCAUUGGCCUAUUAGCGCCCGGGCCCAUCCUGGUCUCACCCGUAGUUCCUUGGGUCGGACUCGCACUCGCACGCCCCACUCCAUUUUGCUUUUCAAAGCUCUCUCUCGCUCUCUCUAAAGUCGAUUUCUCGUAAAACCGUUGCCGGUGUUUCAGCUGUCACCGGGAACACUCCCGUCAAAACUCAUUGCCACCAUAGCCGCCGGUUCUCUGUGUCCACCAUUCUUAUCACAACUCAACGCCCAUUUCAUUCUUUCACUGCACUUGCACAAGCGCAUGACUAAUGUCGCCCCUAGGGUUUAACCUCUCAGCAAUUGGGGAGCGAACCAGGUUCUAGGGCAUCGAAUUUGUCCCAAGAAAGAAUGCCUCUAAGGAGAACCUUGAGCUCUGCAACUUCAGUUUUGAAGGCCAAGCUUGGGCUCAGAUACAUUUCUACGACUUGUAGAGCUGUAGUAUUGCCGAGGUUUGGUGGACCUGAGGUCCUUGAAGUUCGCCAUAAUGUGGAGGUUCCUGAACUCAAGCCUCGUGAGGUUCUUGUUCGUGCUUGCGCUGUUUCGAUCAAUCCUCUUGAUACCAGAAUGCGCUCUGGUUAUGGUCGUUCCAUAUUUGGACCACUUCUCCCACUGAUUUUAGGUCGUGAUAUUAGUGGUGAAGUUGCAGCUACUGGAGCUUCUGUUCGUUCGCUGAGUGUUGGGCAAGAAGUUUUCGGAGCUCUCCAUCCUACAGCAGUUAGAGGUACCUAUGCUGAUUAUGCUGUACUUUCAGAGGACGAACUUGCGCCAAAACCAGCAUCAAUAACACAUGAAGAAGCAAGUGCUAUUCCCUUUGCUGCACUGACUGCAUGGCGUGCGUUGAAGAGUACUGCUCAGAUCACAGGAGGUGAAAGGCUUUUGGUAUUGGGUGGAGGUGGAGCGGUUGGACUGUCUGCAAUUCAACUGUCCGUGGCUGUGGGAUGUCAUGUGUCAACCACCUGCGGAAAGCAAAGUAUUGAAUGGGUUUUGGCAGCUGGUGCUAAGGAAGCGAUCGAUUACACUUCUGAGGAUAUAGAAGCGAAGCUUAAAGGAGAGUUCGAUGCUGUGUUAGACACUAUAGGUGCACCAGAAACAGAAAGGAUAGGCAUCAACCUUCUGAAGAGAGGUGGACAUUACAUGACACUACAGGGAGAGACAGCAUCCUUGGCAGAUAGGUAUGGAUUGGCUGUCGGCAUUCCAAUGGCUACUGCUAUAUUGCUGAAGAAGCAGUUUGAAUAUCGAUAUUCCCAUGGAAUAGAGUAUUGGUGGACUUACAUGAGAGCUGAUUCAGAAGGACUCGAAGAGAUUGCGAGACUAGCAGGAGCUGGGAAGCUGAAAAUACCUGUGGACAAGAUAUUCCUACUCUCUCAAGCAAGGGAAGCCCACGAAGCAAAAGAUAGGAGGCUUGUUCCCGGGAAAGUGGUGCUCAAUGUAGACUGAUAAAAAAGCGUGAGACUAUUAACUGUGAAUAUAUCAUUCGUUUCAAGCACUAACAUAAUAAAAGAAAGGGGUGAGUUAAUAAUAAUACCAGGAGCUUAUCUUAACAAGGCAAAGUGGGACAUUGAAUGUUGAAUUUGAGUUCAUGGAGUGAUAUUAAUUUUGCUACAUGCCUGAAUAUUUCAGAUUUUUUUU